GGUGGAACGGGGAAAUUCGAAGAAGAAGCUGGCGAACAAGAGGUUGACUUCAGCUUCGUGUGUCUUUAUCGUUUACGCUGCUGGGUUUUUAUUUAAAGAAAACAUACCAAAAUAACGAUUCAAGCACAGACUAUUUAAAUACGCCCUCGUAUUUUGUUGGCAUUAUUAUUUAUGUUAUCAUAGUAAUAAUAAUAAGUGUUAUUACGUUUAAAAAAAACUACGGAAAAAGCGCGGAGUGCGUCAGCUGACCAAGCUGUUUACGUCGUUCCCAGCAAGGCUGUGAUUGGCUGAUGCUCAGUUGGAUAGUUUUGCUUGGAGUUACUUGUUUCUCUUUACUGUUCUCUUCAUUACUUAAAAAAUAGCAUGAACAACAUGUAAUGUUAAAUUUAAGUUAAAAAUAUUAAUCUGAAUCUAUGAGCAGCCUGCUGCUCUACAGGCUGUAGCAGAAUUUAACCAUGACCCUUUUUGUGGCCCCAAAGUUUGUCUCAUCAAGUAAGUUAUAUUUUGGAGUUGUUGGUGCCCUUUUUUAUACCUCAUUGGUUUUUCUCAGGGACAGAAACAUGAUAUGCUGCCAGUAUACAAUGCUAUCUUGGGGUUGUGAUAUUUUUUCAGUAAAGGCAUGGUGUUUUGCGCUUCUGAAGGCGGAUUUUUUUUUCUGCUGAUAGCAUGUAGCAGAAGAAGCAUUCACUGCUUAAAAUUGUACUUUAUUGUCCUGUGGGACAGAAUAGGACACCCAUCACCACUGAUUUAUCCCUGGGAUGGAUGGCGGUGCACUGAGUGAUGCAAAUCUGACCAACUCCUACUUCAGCAGCAGCUUUAUUGGGGUCAAUGGGUUUGGGAGCCCAGCAGAGUCCAAAUAUUCUAUGAUGCAGAGGAUGACCAGCAGCAGCAGCUCCCCGAGCCUCCUUAAUGAUGGUGCCAAGAAUUUCAGCCACAGCACUCAUGAUCCAGUAAAUUCCCCCACUUCCUCCCUUUUUAGUGACUUUGGUGCUUUGGGCAUAACGCAGAGGAGAAAGGCUCCUAAUCCAGCAGCCACUGAAUUCAUCCCUAAAGGAACGCCUCGCAUGGCCACCAUGUCUCAGGCAGCUGUGCCCACAUUUCCCUCGCCCCUCUUCCCCCACCCUGGCCUGAGUAGCUCCACUGCAGCUGGCCUUGCUCCCGGUAUGUCGCUGUCUGCUGGGUCGUCUCCUCUCCACUCCCCCAAAAUCACCCCCCACACUUCCCCUGCUCCACGGCGCCGCAGCCACACCCCUAACCCCAACCCAGCCAAUUACAUGGUGCCCACCACUGCGUCCGACCAAGGGAGUGGCGCCCACAUAAUCCAGAAGGAGACUGUGGGUGGGACCACGUACUUCUACACUGAUAACACCCCUGCUCCCAUGGCUGGAAUGGUGUUUCCAACUUACCACAUCUACCCACAAACAGCACCUCAUGUGGCAUACAUGCAACCCAAAGCCAAUGCUCCAUCCUUUUUUAUGGCCGACGAGCUCCGACAGGAGUUGAUAAACAGGCAUUUGAUAACAAUGGCCCAGAUUGAUCAAUCAGAGAACCCAGGAGUUCCUUCUGAGGUGGACAGCUACCAUAGCCUCUUUCCGCUGGAGCCCCUUCCUCCUCCCAACCGCCUACAAAAAACCAGCAACUUCAGUUAUAUCACUUCUUGUUACAAGGCGGUUAACAGUAAAGAUGACUUGCCUUACUGUCUCAGGAGGAUACAUGGCUUCAGGCUGGUGAACACCAAGUGUAUGAUGCUGGUCGACAUGUGGAAGAAGAUUCAGCACUCCAACGCUGUCACCCUCCGAGAGGUCUUCACGACAAAAGCUUUUGGAGACCACUCGCUGGUGUUCUCUUAUGAUUUCCACGCGGGGGCUGAGACCAUGUACAGCAGACACUUCAAUGACCCAACGGCUGACUCUUUCUUCACCAAGAGGAAGUGGGGUCAGCAUGAGCCCCCUCCUCCACGGCAGCAUGCCGGCCUGCUGCCCGAGUCUCUGAUCUGGGCCUACAUCGUCCAGCUGAGCUCAGCGCUGCGCACCAUCCAUACAGCAGGCCUGGCUUGCAGGGUCAUGGACCCCAGCAAGAUCCUCAUCACUGGAAAAACCCGGUUACGGGUGAACUGUGUAGGAGUGUUUGAUGUCUUAACGUUUGACAACAGUCAGACCAACCACCUGGCCCUUAUGCCCCAGUACCAGCAAGCUGAUCUGAUCUCCCUGGGGAAGGUGGUCUUGGCUCUGGCCUGCAACUCUCUGGCUGGCAUUCAGAGAGAGAACCUACAGAAAGCCAUGGAGCUGGUGUCCAUCAACUACUCAUCUGACCUCAAGAAUCUCAUCCUGUACCUACUGUCGGAUCAGAGUCGCCUGCGCAGCGUCAAUGACAUCAUGCCCAUGAUCGGAGCCCGGUUCUACACACAACUGGAUGCAUCACAGAUGAGAAACGAUGUCAUUGAGGAGGACCUGGCCAAGGAGGUGCAGAAUGGACGCUUGUUCCGCCUGCUGGCCAAACUGGGAACUAUCAAUGAGAGGCCAGAAUUCCAAAAGGACCCUACAUGGUCAGAGACGGGGGAUCGUUACCUGCUGAAGCUGUUCAGAGAUCACCUGUUCCACCAAGUGACGGAGGCUGGCACACCCUGGAUCGACUUGAGCCACAUAGUAUCUUGUCUCAAUAAGUUGGAUGCGGGGGUCCCGGAGAAGAUCAGCCUAGUAUCUCGGGACGAGAAGAGCGUGCUGGUGGUGACUUACUCAGACCUGAAGCGCUGCUUCGAGAGUACCUUCCAGGAACUGCUGGCUGCUGCCAAUGGCCCCCUGUAGCGCCCCCCACAGGCAAGGGGUGGAACUGCCUGAACCGGAGCACAUUGCACUACAGUGAAGGACGAUGAGCGCAGAAUGAUGAUCUCAUGGCCAGGGCGGAGCAAACUGGUUGCUCACCUCCAGUCAGAUACACUGUCCUGUCCAGAAAGGAAGUUUUUUCUAAAGCAUAUUUUUUUAGUUUUCAUAACCACACAGCUAACAAAUUAUGGACAUGUUUACAGCUGUGAUGAAUUUUUUUAGACUUGGGGGAACAAGGAUGAUGA